AUGGAGGUGUCGCGCAGCCCAUCACCUUGCACGCCCAAACGUGCUCCCCGGCAGCUGCCCCGGAUGGAAUCUGCUGAGAAGUUGGAGGAUCCGAACAAGAGCCGCCAUCGUUUCGAGCCCAUGCCACGCAUCAUUGGCAGCCCACAGCCGCAGGCGGUGACUCAGCACAUGGAGGAGAUCAACUCAGCUGCAGACCGUUUGGGGCUCAGAUGGUUUCUCCAGAAGCCGUUGGUUGAUGCUGAUGAGGUGCUGGACUUGAGAGGACUGGUGGACUGGAAGGAGCCCGGCCUGGCCUUCACAGCUCCCGAUGACUUGUAUGAGCUACCAUUUGAGGAGCGGCGGAAGACCAUCAAGCAGUUAACGAAGGCAACCGGCCCAGAAGGUUUUCCACCCAGGUCUUUGACAGCACAGGCCUCCAUGAGCUGGUCAGAGGAGCUAUUUGUCAUGGCGGUCUUCUUCGUUAUCAUGGGAGGCCCACUCUUUAUGUUCUUUGGCGGCGUUGCAGUGCUGCUCUUGGGCACUUGGCCUAUGAGAGCGGCAUUCGCUGUGCUGUCUGCAUUUCUUGCGCUACAUCCAUUGCCAGGGAGGGCUUUCAACAAGAUGCUGCACACAUCAAACUUUACCAAGCUCUUGUUCAAGUACUUCUCCUACCGCUUCGUUUGGUGCGACGACUUCUCGGACGUGGCUUUCCAAACGAAGCCCUGGAUCGGGACAGGGCCGCCCCAUGGCGUCUUCCCCUUGGCCAACCUCUUGAGCAUUCCAGCCAUCAACGACUUCUUGGGUUGCCCCUUCGUGGGCGCCGCGGCCUCCGUGGUCUUCGUGACUCCUUGGUUGCGAUACAUGACCUUGUAUGGUGUGGUGCCAGUGGACCGCAAGUCAAUCGAGAAGGCGAUGGCGCAGGGACAUUGUGUUGGCAUUGUCCCUGACGGUGUGGCGGGCAUCUUCAAAACGAAUGGUCACAAGGAGCUGUUGGCCAUGAAGGACCGCAAAGGCAUCGCGCGAUUGGCACUACGCACGGGCAUGCCCAUCAUGCCAGCGUACUCCUUCGGAAACACCACAGCCUUCUCCUGUUGGUAUGACUCCUUCGGCAUUUUGGAAUCGAUCUCCCGAAAGGCGCAGGCCUCGAUGUUUCUCUUCUGGGGCCGAUUUGGGCUGCCGAUCCCUCGGAGGACUCAGGUGACCAUGGCCUUCGGCCGGGCCAUCGAGGUGUCCAAGGUUGAAAAUCCCACAGAGGAGCAGAUCGAUGAGGUGCACCAGAAAUUCCUCCAGGCCACGAAGCAGAUGCCAUUGGCUCAUCCUUUGGGCGCCGCGCUGCUCCCGUGCAUGGCUCAUCAGCAGAUUUGUGCAGCAAAUCCUGCGAGAUUCGACGCCGACCAGAGUUUGUACCGUCACAGCAGCGAUGAAAAGUAUUGGGCACAAAUCCGCUACGCUCAACAGCUCUUGUCUCGCAGCAUCGGCACGGAGCUGGCGCUCGCCGAGGCCUCGCGCCAGCAGGUGCUGGAGCCUUUGUUUCGCGAGAUCCUCGAUGCACAAGAGGCUGACCGCAUGAGCGCCAUCACCAUGCUUUCCGUGCUGAACGAACUGGUGUCCCGCUGGGAUGACGAACAACACCGCCUCCGUGCUGCUAGCCCAGCACCGGUCACGCCACCAAAGAACGCCGGAAAGCGUGCUCGACCCCACGGCAGUCCCGGCUCCGAGGAUCGGGAGAGCGCGGAUGAGCUCAUGGGUGACACGGAGGCCAUGGCGCAAAUGACCCUGGCCUCGCCAGCGAACCCGGGCACACCGCCGCAAACUCCUCAGCGCCCACAACGGCGAUUCAGAGGAGGUGCAGUAUCAGCCUCACCUUGCAGAGACUUUGGAUUUGUGCCAUGCACUCCCGACCGCGCUCCUCGCAGAGGCUUUGUGGCGCAAACUCCCGAAGCGCCGCAGCGGCGCUCGUCCAUCUGGCUGAGCCCAGCGGUGACUGGCAAGGAUGAGGAGGAUUGGACGAAGGGACGGAAGAAGUUGAGGCUCCCACCAUUUCCUCCCAGCACGGCGGACGUGGUCCGUUGA